AUGUGCAAAUGGCAAGUUAUGGGUUUAAAACCCAAAUUUGAGAUAUUUAUUGAAACCACUUUUACUGAGAUUGACUGUUCUAACAUUCAGCCAACUCCCAAGGAAAUAGCGUCACUUGAUUUACCAGAUCACAAUUAUGUACUUCCAACUCAAACAGAUUCAACAAUUCCAUAUGGUGAGUAUGUGCAUCCAGAGAAGGUUCCUGGUUUUGAAGACUUCUCAAUAAAACCUCCAGAGAAUCUAUUAAGGAGAUUAUCACGAGAUUCUAUUGCAGGAACUACCCCACCACCUCAAAAGAGAGUAAAGGUUGUACAUCCACAUAAGUAUAAUUUGUCAAGUCUCUCACAACCACAGAAGCAACCAGAUUAG